AUGACUCACGGACAAGUCGUCGUCGAAAGCGAGGAUCCUGAAUCCGCAACGAAUACCAUCAUCGAUGUUGAAAAGCUGGGCCGACAGCGGCCAGCGGCCUUUGCCACGCGAUGGGCCGAGUUGGGCUUCAUAUUCUCGCUCCUAGGCUCAAUGGCAAUGGCUGAAUUCUUCGUCUCAGGAUUUCACAUCAUCCUUCCACCGCUAGCCAUUGAGCUUGAAAUCCCCGAAGCAUCUCGAACGUGGCCAUCGAGCGUAUUCUCUCUCGUCACCGGCGCAUUUCUGCUACCACUGGGCCGGCUGAGUGAUAUGCAUGGCGCAUACAUCAUUUUCAACAGCGGGCUUGCAUGGAUGUCGGUCUGGUGUCUGGUUGCCGGCUUCAGUCACAACUAUAUCAUGCUCAUUAUCUGCCGUGCUUUGCAGGGAAUUGGAGCAGCGGCCUUUUUACCUGCCGGUAUUACGCUACUUGGCAAGACAUACCGACCAGGGCCACGAAAGAAUUUUGUUUUUGCCAUAUAUGGUGCUUUUGCACCUCUUGGGUUCUUCAUCGGCAUCCUGAUAGGAGGUAUCUCGGGCGAACUUUUGUCCUGGAAAUGGUACUUUUGGAUUGGUGCAAUCAUCCUUGUUGUCAUAUUCGCCGCCGGAUUCUUCUCCAUCCCAAAUGACUUUACCAAACACCCCCCUGACGGCCUCGGCAUGGACUGGUGGGGGGUGGCAACCAUCGUACCGGGUCUUAUCCUUCUGGUAUACGCCAUCACCGAUAGCUCGCAGGCACCCAAGGGCUGGGCAAGUCCUCAAAUUAUUGCCACUAUUAUAGUUGGCGUAGCGAUUCUCGCUGCGGCCGUAUACCUCGAAGGUUGGGUUGUCCCAAACCCCCUUGUCCCAGCUGACCUCUUCUCGCCGCCAUACAUGACAACCCUUGUCGUGGCCCUUUUCUUUGCCUAUGGCAGCUUUGGCGUUUUCCUGCUAUACAGCAGCUUCUACAUUGAGCUUGUCCUCGAGAUAUCUCCUCUGCUGACGGCUCUAUGGUAUGUUCCUCUGAUAGUUGGUGGCCUUCUCCUUGCUACAGUGGGAGGCCUAGUUCUCCAUCGACUUCCCGGUCGUAUCCUACUGAUAGUCUCUGGGGUGGGUUAUGUUGUCUCCUGCCUCCUUUUCGCUCUCAUGCCAGAAAACCCGAACUACUGGGCCUGGGUUCUGCCGGCUAUGGUUGCAUCCACCGUUGGCAUCGACAUUACAUUUACCGUCAGUAACGUUUUUAUCACGACAAAUCUACCUGCACGGCGUCAAGGACUUGCGGGAGCACUGAUCAACAGCACUUUGUUUCUGGGAAUCAGCUUCUUUCUUGGAUUUGCCGAUGUGGCCGUGGGACAGACGUCACGCCCUACUCUACGGGAGAGUUACCAAGUCGGAUUAUGGUUCGGUGUCGGCAUAUCAGGAGUGGCGCUGUUGAUGUUGUCAUUUAUUAAUGUUGGAAGGGCCAAGAGUGACUUGACCAUUGAAGAACGAGAGCAGAUGGAAGCAGCGAGAGGUAGAGGUGAAUAA